AUGCCGGCACAAAAUCAAUUUCGAGUCAUCAUUGGCUCUUAUGAACAUAAUAUUAUGUGUUUAUCACUAAAUCUAGAUAAAGAAACACCUCUAUUUACUCCAAUUUUCCAUUUCCAAGCCCAUUCUUUAAGUGUAAAAUGUAUGGAUAUUAAUCAAAGGUAUUUAGUCUCUGGUUCAAAUGAUGAACAUAUUAGAAUUUACGAUCUUCAAAAAAGAAAAGAAUUAGGUACCUUACUUGCUCACCAAGGUUCAAUUACAGGUUUGAAAUUUUCUAAGACAGAAGAUAAUAAAAGUAAAUGGCUAUUUUCAUCUUCCGAUGAUAAAAAUAUUAUUAUCUGGAGAGUUAAAGAUUGGGAAAAUUUUGGUAUAUUAAAAGGUCAUAUGAAUAGAAUUAAUGAUUUCGAUAUUCAUCCAUCAAAUAGAAUUGCUGUAAGUGUCAGCGAAGAUCAUACGAUUAGAUUAUGGAAUUUAAUGACUGUCAAGAAAGCUGCAGUUCUAAAAUUGAAAAAAUACUCUCAAAAUGGUCAAUUUGUAAGAUGGUUCAAUAAUGGUGAGUAUUUUGCCGUUGCCCUUCUAAAUAAAGUUUUGGUUUAUAAGACCUCCACCGCAAAAGUUCAUUGUGAAAUAGAUAUGGGUAAAAAAACUAUAAUGCAUAUGGAGAGUGAGAUUAUAAAAGAUAACAAAGAAUACUUAUGUAUUGGUAUGAGUGAUGGUAAUGUUCACUUUUAUUACACGGAGAAGCUAUUUAACUUGGAGACAGAUGAAAAUGAUGAUGAAGAAAUUUCUGGCCAAAAAUUUGAACCAGAAUUCUCUUUGUUAGGGCAUUCUAAUCGUGUUAAAGAUUUCAGAUUUUAUUCCAAUGAGUUUAGCAAGUAUUUAGUUACAAUUAGUUCAGAUGGUAAGAUUGUUGUUUGGGAUAUGAAGACCACAGACCAAGUAGCAGUAUAUGAUGUUGGCGAACGAUUGAAUUGUCUAGCGGUCUGUGAUGAAAGCAUCGAGAAAACUGAUACUAUGAAAAAGAGGGCUACUGACUCAACUAUAGAAAAUGACCUACAAAGUGAAUAUGAAACUGAUACUGAAGAACUUAAAAAAGUGAUGUUUGGCAAAGAUAAAAAGAAGAAGAAAAAUUCUAAAAAGAAUGCUAAUAAAAGAAGAAAAGUCACUGUCGAAUAUGAAAAAUAA